GCUGCAGGUGUGGCCCUAAAGAGAUAAAUAAAUAAAUAAACAAACCACAGGAGGAUUGGUGGGUACCUCUGGGAUUCCAGCCUUAGGGAGUGCUUUCCCCUGCCAGGCCACGUGCAGGCUGUGGAGACGGUCUCACCUCCUUGGCUGUACAUUAAAUCCUAUUAGCCCACUUAGGCUAAUCUUGCCCAGAUCCCCCCACUUCACCUAGACAGAAUUCCAAGCUGGGUACCUAGACUAAGUGCUGAGCUUGCAGUGAACGCCCAGCCAGGACCGAAGGUGGGCAGAAAUGAGGUGCAGAAGCAACUGCUACUGCUCCGGAAUUAGCAAGAGCUCGGCGGGGUGCACUUGGUUACGGACUAGUGAUCAUUAGUCGGGGAGCCCAGAGGGGGUGGCGGGAGCAGGGGUAAAAGGAGAAGACACUGGCGCACAGAGGAGAGCCCCGCAGGUUUUCCCAAACGAACGCGCUCACUGAGGGUCCCAGAGGAGCCGGAAGGGGCCGCGGCGGCGAUGGGAGGGUCCGAGAGGUGGGGGCGGGGAACUAGGGGGCUGCGCUCCCUCGGCUCCGGAGGCUAUUGAUCCCGGAGCUCGGCCCCCUCUGGGCACGCACCGAGCUAGGUGCACCCAGCGGGUACCCCUUAAGCCUCAGCGCCCAGGAAGGAGGAAGGGGGAAGGGGCGGGUCGGGCAAGGAGCGGAGCGGGGAGAGGCCGGACGGACCGCCCGACUUCCUCCUUGGGUCCCUCCCUCCAGCGCUCUCGGCCAAGCUCCGGCAGAGUGGGGCUGGUGUCGGACUGCUGUGUCGGGGGGCGGAGGGGCUAGCGUCCGCGGCAGCCCACGUGACCCCGUUUCCCACCCCAUUCCAGCCCCCGGGUCCGAAGGCGGGGGCCCGCCGAUCCACCCCGGGCGGAUUAGGGGCGGGGCCGCCUCUCGCAAGUCGCGUAGAGCCACCUGAGCCGGAGCCCGGAGGACGCCGUCGCUCCCUGCUGUUCGAGUCCCGCGCGCCGCGAUGGGUCGGGGGAGCCGGCCGGCCGCCCAGCUGGGUGCGCUGCUGCGCGCGUUGCUGCUGGUCGUGUUGCUGCUGCUUCUGCUACCGCCGCCUCCGACUCGGGCGCUCGCCCCUCGAAUCAGCCUGCCUCUGGGCUCUGAAAAGCGGCCAUUUCUCAGAUUUGAAGUUGAAAACAUCUCCAACUACACGGCCCUUCUACUGAGCAGAGAUGGCAGGACACUGUACGUGGGGGCCCGAGAGGCCCUUUUUGCCCUCAACAGCAGCGUCAGCUUCCUGCCAGGCGGGGGCUACCAGCAGCUCCUGUGGAGCGCAGACGCGGAGAGGAAACAGCAGUGCAGCUUCAAGGGCAAGGACCCACAGCGGGACUGUCAAAACUACAUCAAGAUCCUCCUGCCUCUCAACAGCAGCCACCUCUUCACCUGUGGCACAGCGGCCUUCAGCCCCGUGUGCACCUACAUUAAUGUGGAGAACUUCACUCUGGCCCAGGAUGAGGCAGGGAACAGCCUCCUGGAGGAUGGCAAGGGCCGCUGUCCCUUUGACCCCAAUUUUAAGUCCACGGCCCUGGUGGUUGAUGGCGAGUUGUACUCUGGAACCGUCAGCAGCUUCCAGGGGAAUGACCCGGCCAUCUCCCGGAGCCAAAGCCUCCGCCCCACCAAGACCGAGAGCUCCCUCAACUGGCUACAAGACCCAGCAUUCGUGGCCUCAGCCUAUAUUCCUGAGAGCCUGGGCAGCUUGCAAGGGGACGACGACAAGAUCUACUUCUUCUUCAGCGAGACCGGCCAGGAGUUUGAGUUCUUUGAGAAUACCAUUGUGUCUCGCAUCGCCCGUGUGUGCAAGGGCGACGAGGGGGGCGAGCGGGUCCUGCAGCAGCGCUGGACCUCCUUCCUGAAGGCCCAGCUGCUGUGCUCGCGGCCUGACGAUGGCUUCCCGUUCAAUGUGCUGCAAGACGUCUUCACGCUGAGCCCCAGCCCCCAGGACUGGCAGGACACCCUCUUCUACGGGGUCUUCACAUCCCAGUGGCACAGGGGGACCACAGAGGGCUCUGCCAUCUGUGUCUUCACCAUGAGGGAUGUACAGAGGGUCUUCAACGGGCUCUACAAGGAGGUGAACCGCGAGACGCAGCAGUGGUACACCGUGACCCACCCGGUGCCCUCGCCUCGGCCCGGCGCGUGUAUCACCAACAGUGCCCGGGAAAGGAAGAUCACCUCGUCCCUGCAGCUCCCCGACCGUGUGCUGAACUUCCUCAAGGACCACUUCCUGAUGGACGGGCAGGUCCGCAGCCACCUUCUGCUCCUGCAGCCCCGGGCCCGCUACCAGCGUGUGGUCGUCCACCGCAUCCCUGGCCUGCACCGUACCUAUGAUGUCCUCUUCCUGGGCACCAGUGACGGCUGGCUGCACAAGGCGGUGAGCGUGGGCUCCAGCGUGCACAUCAUCGAGGAGCUGCAGAUCUUCUCGCCAGGACAGCCUGUGCAGAACCUGCUCCUGGACCCCGACAGGGGGCUGCUGUAUGCUGCCUCGCACUCAGGCGUGGUCCAGGUGCCUGUGGCCAACUGCAGCCUGUAUCAGAGCUGUGGGGACUGUCUCCUCGCCCGGGACCCAUACUGCGCUUGGAGCGGCUCCAGCUGCAGCCACAUCAGCCUCUACCAGCCUGAGGUGGCCUCCAGGCCUUGGAUCCAGGACAUUGAAGGGUCCAAUGCCAGGGACCUCUGCAACACUUCCUUGGUCAGAGGCCGGUCUUCUGGACCAAGAGGCGAGAAGCCAUGUGAGCAGGUCCAGUUCAAGCCCAAUACAGUGAACACCUUGGCCUGCCCUCUCCUCUCCAACCUGGCAACCCGGCUCUGGCUGCACAACGGGGCCCCCGUCAAUGCCUCGGCCUCCUGCCGUGUGCUGUCCACGGGGGACCUGCUGCUGGUGGGCAGCCAGCAAGAGCUGGGCUUGUUCCAGUGCUGGUCGCUGGAGGAGGGCUUCCAGCAACUGGAGGCCAGCUACUGCCCGAAGGUGCUGGAGGACGUGAUGGCAGACCAGGCAGACCGGAGCAGCGGCGUGCCUGUCAUCAUCAACACGUCGCGGGUGAGCGCGCCGGCUGGGGGCAGGGCCAGCUGGGGUGUGGACAAGACCUACUGGACCGAGUUCCUGGUGAUGUGCGCACUGUUCGUGUUCGCCAUGGUAUUCCUCAUUUUAUUCUUCCUCUACCGGCACCGGGGCGGGAUGAAAGUCUUCCUGAAGCAGGGCGAGUGUGCCAGCGUGCACCCCAAGGCCCGUCCUGUGGCGCUGCCACCUGAGACCCGGCCGCUCAACGGCGUGGGCCCUCCUAGCACUCCACUCGACCACCGAGGCUACCAGGCCCUGUCGGACAGCUCCCCGGGACCCCGGGUCUUCACGGAGUCAGAGAAGAGGCCACUCAGCAUCCAGGACAGCUUUGUGGAGGUGUCCCCAGUGUGUCCCCGGCCCCGGGUCCGCCUGGGUUCUGAGAUCCGGGACUCUGUGGUGUGACAACAGACUUCUAGAGGCGGCCUCCCUCCAGAGGCCAGGAGGGCUCAGAGGGGGUCGGCUGGGCCUCUGCUCCUCGUGGGACACAGCUGUGGUGUCCAGCCCUGGGAACCAUGGAGCCAGCCAGCCUGCUGCCAAGUGGCCAGGCCCCCACGGUCCCAGAUGGCCAUGGCCCCACAGGUCCUGGCUGGAGAUGGGGGCCUGCCCCAGCGGGCGGAACAGUGCUCCUUAUGUAAACUGAGCCUUUUGUUUAAAAAUUUGAAAAUGUGAAGAGAAGGCUACUUAUGGAGCCAGCCCCGGUCAUGGCUCCUCGGCCUUGUGCUGUUGGGACCAUCCAAGGUGACUGUUAGAAAUCCCUCCCCCACUGGCCUCUUCCACCUCCCGCCUCCCUCUGCUGCCACGGGGCUCACUGCAGAGCCGGCCGUGUUGUGGCAGCCAUCAUCCUGUCACCUCAGGGACCAGAGGGCCACACUGGUACUGCAGCCCUCACAAGGCCCCGGCUUUGGACUCACCUCCUGGACCCCUCCGGCCUGUAUCAGGCUGUGGCCACACGAGGGAGGGCUGCGUGGGCCCAGGAGAGAGUGUAUGACAGUGACCACCUUCCCUCGGAAAUGGAGGAGAGACUGCCAACUUCCUGUCUCCAUCCCAGCCUGCAAGCCUGUGUGUCACUCCCCGCCCCCUCCCCGGCCUCAUCUGCAGACCCAGCCUCUGGUUCACCCCACACCCUGCCAGCCUCCAUUCUAGGUGAUUUUGAUACUCCCAGCACUGGGGUGCUGACUUUGUAUGGGUUUUAUAAUUUUUUUUAAAUAAAAUGCACUUUACUUUUUUUUUUUUUAAUAAAAUCUGAAGAAUUUCAUUUGAA